AGUCAGAAGGUAACUAACUGCCUGUACUGUAUAGUCCUCCUGCAUGUCUCUCUGUUGUCUGAACAUGAAGCUCUCUGUGAUUGUCCUCAUCCUCUGCUGUCAGGUCUAUGCAGAAGACAAACUUCUGCAUAUUGAUUUAUAUAUUAGUGGAUGCAGUGAUUCAGAUGGAGUGGAUAUGUAUGGACUGGAUGGUGAAGAGAUGUGGUACGCAGACUUCAACAAAGGGGAGGGAGUGGUGGCUUUGCCUCCGUUUGUAGAUCCAUUGAGCUUCCCUGGAUUUUAUGAACAGGCUGUAGGUCAACAGGGGAUAUGCAAAGGAAACCUGGACGUAGCUAUAAAAGCUUACGAGAACCCACCAGAGGCAAUAGCCCCUCCUCACAGCAGCAUCUACCCCAGGGAUGAUGUGGAGCUGGGGGUGGGGAACACUCUCAUCUGCCACGUCAGUGGGUUCCACCCUGCACCGGUCAGAGUCAGGUGGACCAGGAACAAUCAGAAUGUGACCGAGGGAGUGCGUACCAGCACCCCCUACCCCAACACUGAUUUCACCCUCAACCAGUUCUCCAGUCUGACCUUCACCCCAGAGGAGGGAGACAUCUAUGGCUGUACUGUGGAGCACAAGGGCCUUACUGAGCCCCUGACACGGAUCUGGGAACCUGAGGUGAGCCAGCCCAGUGUGGGUCCUGCGGUGUUCUGUGGAGUGGGCCUGACUCUGGGGCUGCUGGGAGUGGCUACCGGAACAUUCUUCCUCAUCAAAGGGAACCAGUGUAACUGAGACUACAGCUGUCAGAGCGUCACAGUCAAAUCUGUAUAAAUAUAGAGUAGAGAGAGUAGAGUAGUACUUUAUUGAUCCCAACUUGGGAAAUAGUUUUAGAACUCAGCAUCAUCAAUAAAUUGCAAUGACAAGACCUGUAUCAAUGACAAACAUGUAAAGACACAAUACGACACAGAAGAAGACACCAGCACCUUACUAGCCAUAAAAGAUAGAGACCCGUUUAUGGAGAGGGGAGAUGUAUGUACAUGGAAUAUUAAACUUGUCCCUGCUGCUCAGAAGAUUGACUGGGGCGAGGGAUUAGCACCGCCAAAUUGAUGUACUGGUAUAAGGGUUUACCUCUGGUUUGAGUUCUAGUUGGUGUUUGUGUUUCAUUUUUCCCUUUUUAACAUUACAUGUUUAUUAAAGCUUAUUAUCCCUGAAACCCC